CCAGUUCUCAAUUUCAAGUCCCCAUUUGCGAUCACUUCCAGGUCAACAGUCCCCGGUACUCAUUCAAAUGGCGCUUCAAGUCAAAGGAAAGACUGCGUUAGUCACAGGUGGUGGAUCCGGCAUCUGCCUGGAGUUCACAAAGCUGCUACUGUCAAAGGGCUGCAAUGUUGUCGUUGCCGACCUCACCUUGCUACCAGAAGCCGAAACUGUUGUGACAGGGGACCCUGGCUCAGAAAGGGCCACAGCUGCUUUUAUCAAGACAGACGUCACCGAUUGGAAGCAAUUGAAGGCUGCAUUUGAAUUUGCUAUUGAGAAGUUCAAAGUCCUGGAUAUCGUGUGCCCAGGGGCUGGAGUGUUCGAGCCAGCGUGGUCGAACUUCUGGCACCUGGACGAUGGCGUCGACAACGAUUCGACGUCAUCUUUCAAGACUUUCGAUAUCAACAUCAACCAUCCAGUUCGUGCCACCCAGCUGGCUAUCGACUCGUUCAUGCGCCAGAAGCUGGGCCAUGGGGUAGUUGUAAUUAUCUCCUCGACUGCUGCGCAAACGGCCUUCCUGCCCACUCCUAUGUAUGUAGCCAGCAAGCACGCCAUAUCCGACUUCACACGCGCGUUCGCAGAUCUCGAGCCCAAACUCAAUAUUCGCGUGAACGCCGUUGCUCCAGGGCGUGUGAAGACGCCUUUGUGGACGCAGGAUAAGUUGACUUGGAUCAAUGAAAAUUUCGACCGGUGGGUGACACCAAAGCAGGUCGCGGAUGUGAUGCUUGAUCUCAUCACGAAUGAGAAGAAUGUAGGAGGGACUAUUUUGGAAGUCGGAACUGAUCCUGUCAGAGCCGUGCAGAGGAUAAAUGACCCUGGUCCACAGGGCAAGGGCCUCACGUCUGAAGAAGUUGCAAACGCAUACACCAAUGUCUAUAACUUGAUUGAAGAACAUUAUGGGAAGUCAUGAGGCUUAGACUCUGGGGCCUGAGUUAUUUACAUAGCAAUGAAAACAGAAGGAGAAUUAACGG